AUGUGUGUUUUGAAAUCGAAUUGGCCAAAUAUUUUGCACGUAGAACCAGCAUCUGUUGAAGAAACCCAGUAUCGCACGAGGGUGGCAUCAGUUUCCACAUUCCCCUCUGGUUCGCGAGGAAUGCUGGCUUGCCACCAUCCAGCACUGUGCAAGACACUGUCAGAUUGUCCAUACGCCUCUGUACAUUACCAAGAGGUGCAGCACUUCCUUCACCUCACACCGUGGGACCCAGGUUGUGGAGGUGCUGUAGCAGCUGGAUCGGUUCACUGCGAUGGGUGUCACGUCCUGAAAUUCAUUCGGAGACCACUAGUGCUGGCAAGACAUUCCUGCCAAUGCCGUUGUAGGGGUGUCUAG